GCGACGAAGACGGCAUCCAGUUGUCGCCUAGUGCUCACCAAGCAGUCCAACUCAGCUCCGCCGCAGCCGCACCUCCACACACAACAUGGCAUUCAAGGUCGCCGUCCUCCUCAGCGCCUGCCUGGCCGUGGCCCGCGGAGGCUACCUGCACGGCCUGCACCACGGCCCCGCCCUGGCGUACGCGCCCUCCUACAGCAGCUACAGCGCCCCCAUCCUCAGGAGCGCUCCCAUCAUCAGCGCCCCCAUCAUCCGGUCUACUCCUUACAUCAGCGCUCCGAUCAUCCGGUCUUCCCCCUACAUCAGCGCUCCCAUCAUCCGGUCUUCCCCCUACAUCAGCGCUCCCAUCAUCCGGUCUUCCCCUUACAUCAGCGCUCCCAUCCUCAGGAGCGCUCCCCUCUACAGUGAGCCGAUCAUCAGCGCUCCCAUCAUUCGGUCUUCCCCCUACAUCAGCGCUCCCAUCAUCAGGAGCGCCCCCAUCCUCAGCUCCCACCUCGUCCACAGCGCCCCUCUCGUCCACAGCGCUCCUCUCGUCCACAGCGCCCCCAUCCUGAGAUCAUCCCCCAUCCUGCACGCCGAACCCAUCUGGUGAGCACCAAUACGCCGCCCCCUGAAACCAACGGUUUUAUCGCCUAGCUGCCAUCAUGUAAAUUAAUUACUCGCAACACAUCAAUAAAACGUCUAGUCCUCUGAUAA